UUCUGUUAUAGGGAUUCAAUGCAGCUUUAACUGAACCACUGGAUGCUCAAGGAAGAAGAACUGAUCAGUUAAAAGAUAUGGAGCCCAAGUUGCAUCCAGAUGUGAAGGAACCAUUAAAAAGGUUAUGUGAUGAUCCAAACACCACAGUUGUUGUGCUCAGUGGAAGUGACAGAAACGUUCUUGAUGAGAACUUUGGUGAGUAUAAUAUGUGGCUGGCGGCAGAACAUGGGAUGUUUUUGCGUCAAACUAAGAGUAUCUGGAUGACAACAAUGCCAGAGAAUUUACACAUGGAUUGGGUUGACAGUGUAAAGCAUGUAUUUGAGUAUUUCACUGAGAGGACGCCUCGCUCCCAUUUUGAGAUUCGUGAAACAUCACUUGUGUGGAACUAUAAAUAUGCUGAUGUUGAGUUUGGAAGGCUUCAAGCAAAAGACUUGUUGCAGCAUCUGUGUACUGGCCCGAUCUCAAAGGCUUCAGUAGAUGUUAUUCAAGGUAGCCGAUCUGUUGAGGUCCGCGCAACCGGGGUUUCCAAGGGUUCUGCAAUUGAUCGUAUUUUGGGUGAAAUAGUGCAUAGCAGCAAUGUCAAAACGCCCAUUGAUUAUGUUUUAUGUAUUGGACACUUUCUUCCAAAGGAUGAGGACAUCUAUACAUUUUUUGAGCCGGAUCUUCCAGUCGGACCAUCAGCAAGGGCCAAAGCACCAAACCAUAUGAACAAAAUCAUGUCAAAAAAUUCUUCAGGUAAAGUUGGGGUUACUAAGGAGUCAACAUUGAACAGAACUCAGGAGAACAUUGAUGGAAAUGGAAAUUGGUGGUCUUUGAAGCGCGAGAAAAUGAUGGUGAACGAAGGGUCAUCGGUUCUUGAUCUGAAGGGUGAAAAUUACUUCUCUUGUGCAGUAGGACGGAAGCGCUCUAGUGCCAGAUAUCUUCUAGGCUCCUCUGCUGAUGUUAUUUCUUUACUGAAGGACCUUUCAGAUUGCUCGUCUCUGCUGGCAUUGAACUAACACCAUCAUAGUGGGUAGCUCUAUAUAGUAUAAUAUGUACUUUAACUAUUAUUUGGAAGCAGCAUUGACUUGCCCUGCCUGUACUGCAGAAUUAGAAAGAGGCAUGUUCAUGCGCUCAGGGGUCAAUGGCAAGUAGAGGUUUAUGAAAUAGGGACGGUAAUGCUCUACUUAUCUGCUAUAUGUUUAGAGAUGGAAAUUAUUGGGCUUUGGCUAUUGAGCUUGUGUACCAGCAUCACUUGUACAUUUUUGUUAAAAUUGGACAAACUCAGUCGGCAGGCUGAUAGAAUAAAAGGCUAACUGUAAUGGUUUUAACGAGCUUAUAAGCUCCAAAAAAUAAGUUUAAGUAGCAGCUAUCUGAUCAACAGAAGGUUUGAUUCAACACACUAAAAAAAUAAAAACCCAAAAUAGUAUAUGAG